AUGAAAGUAGAGGUCACUGAUAAACAAAAGAAUCACUAUGUUCUUGAAAUUGAAGAAAGUGCUUCACCUCAAGAUUUUAAAAAUCGUUUCCGCCAGGAGUAUAAUCAAGAUAUUGAUAAUUGCAAACUAAUUUACAAAGGCCGCGAGAUUAAAGAUGACAAAAAAUUUUCAGACUACUCAAUUAUAGAAGGCUCUAAAAUUGCGCUAUUGGAAUCAAAAUUUCAGAAGCGAGAAGAAGUAAAAAUCCCUCCUGAGCAGAAUUUUUCAAAGCCAGUUUCGUCUUUUUCACAAAAACCUAAAAUCCCUGAGCCUAAUUUCCCACAAAAUAUUUCAUCAAGCUCAAAAAAGCCUCAAAUCUCUUCAGAGCCGAAUUUCCCACAACCAAUUUCUUCUGGCUCUCAAAAGACUCAAAAUUCCCUGUCUGAUUUAACGCCUUUGCAAAGGCUGAGCAGAGAUUUGAUGAGUCCAGCUACUGAUGAACUGGUCUGCCAAUUGAUUAUGAUGGGCUUUGAUCCUGAAUUAUCUAAACAGGUAUUAAUUCAAACAAAUGGAAAUUUAGAAGACUCUGUUGAAAUUCUUAUAGCUCAAACUCAGUAUGAUCAGCCUACAAUGCAGGUCGCUUUGGAUAAUAUAAAUAACGUGGUAGAUCAAUUUAUGAGUAAUCCGCAGUUUCAGCGUUUUAUUGUGGAGAUUGCAACCUCCCCAGACCAAUAUGAGCGAGUUAUUUCACAAUUGUCAAUACAAGAUCCUAAUGUAAAAACAUGGUUUUUGAUCAAUAAAGAAGCCUUUAUUGAGGCUUGUAAGAAGAGAGUAAUAAUGCGCAUUAAUAAUACCCAAAGAAAUCGAAUUGAAGAAAUCCCAGAUCAACCAAUCAAAAGACAAAAUCAGGGUCAAAUGGGAGGAGGGAUGGGUGGAAUGUUUGGAAUGGGUGGAAUGAGUGGAAUAGAAAGUCUAAGCAGUUUAGGAACUUUGGGAAUGUUUGGAAAUAUAGGAGGUAUGGGAGGAAUUGACGGGAUGAGUGGUAUGGCAAGAAUGGGAAUGGACGGAUCUGGAAUGAUGAGUGGCCUCGGAGGAUUGGAAAACUUUGGAACGGGAAAAAUGGACAGAAUUAUGAAUAGAGGAUCUGAUAAAUUCUCAGAAUUAAACAAAAAGAGCUCUAGUCCCCAAGAGUCAGAUGAAGAUAGUUCAAUAUCUGGCGAGGACUCUUUAUCAUCAGACAUAGAGGACAAAAACUUUUAA